AUGGCGGAGCAGGUGAUCGUCAUCGGUGGCGGCCUCGCGGGACUGUCCGCGGCGCACACCGUGUUAGAGCACGGCGCGCGCGUGGUGCUGCUCGACAAGUGUUCGUUCCUCGGCGGGAACUCGACCAAGGCGACGAGCGGGAUCAACGGUGCGUUGACGCGAACGCAGGCGAGGUUGAACAUCCCGGACAGCGCGGAUAAGUUUGAGGAUGAUAUCAUCAAGGGCGCGGCGGGCGUGGGACACACCGAGGCGCCGGCGCACACGAUACCACUCGCCAAGGUGUUGGCGCAGGGGAGCGGCUCCAGCGUGGAUUGGUUGUGCGAAAAGUUCAAACUCGAUCUCUCGCUCGUGGCGCAGCUCGGUGGGCACUCGUAUCCGAGAACGCAUCGCGGGAAGGAACGAUUUCCGGGUUUUACGAUCACCUACGCCCUGAUGGAGGGACUCGAAAAGGUCAUGGAGGACUCGAAUGGUGAGACUGCGCGAAUCAUCACGAAGGCAGAGGCAAAGCGCUUGUUGACCGAUGGAAGCGGCACCGUGAUCGGGGUUGAGUACGAAAAAGACGGGGUAUUAAAUCAAGAGUACGGUCCGGUCGUGAUCGCCACCGGCGGUUUCGGCGCUGAUUACAAACCCGACUCUUUGUUGAAGAAGUACCGUCCAGACUUGCAGGCGCUGCCGACGACCAACGGCGAUCACUGCACGGGUGAUGGCAUCAAAAUGGCCAUGGCCGUCGGCGCGGAUACCAUAGACAUGACUUCGGUGCAGGUGCACCCGACGGGACUGGUGAACCCGGCGGAACCGGAUUCCAAGGUGAAAUUCUUGGCCGCCGAGGCUCUUCGAGGUGUUGGAGGCAUCCUCUUGGACGCGAACGGCAAUCGAUUCGCCGACGAACUCGGUCGUCGAGACUACGUCAGUGGUGAGAUGAAUAGGAAUAAGGGACCCUUCCGCUUGAUCUUGAACGGUAAGGCGUCGACCGAGAUCGAAUGGCAUUGCAAACAUUAUGUCGGCCGUGGUAUCAUGAAGCGUCACGAUUCAGGAGCUGAAGUCGCAAAAGAGCUCGGUAUCAGCCCUCAAAAGCUCGCGGAUACCUUCGCCAAGUACAAUGAGGCUGCUAGAACGAAGAACUGCCCGUUUGGCAAGAAGUUUUUCACGAAUGCUCCUUUCGAGAUGAACGACUUCUUCCAUUCCGCCAUCGUCUGCACUGUGGUACACUACACGAUGGGUGGUCUCGCCAUCAAUACGGACUCGCAAAUCGUAGGACCUCGGGGGCCAAUCCCCGGGUUGUUCGGUGCGGGCGAAGUUGUCGGCGGUAUUCACGGUCGUAACCGUCUGGGUGGCAACUCUCUGCUCGAUUGUGUCGUCUUCGGUCGCGUCGCCGGCUCAGCGGUCUCGCGCCACCUCAUGUCGACAGCUAUCAGGGCGCUCAGGUCUGGACAAACCACGGCCAUGAACCGCGUUGCGAACCUGAAUGACAAGAUCAAUCCGCCAGCGAUGAGUGCGGCUCCGGCCGCGGCGUCUGCCGCUUCUGGCGGUGGUUCAAGGGCACUUACGAUGGAUGAAAUCAACAAGCACAACACUGAGGGCGAUCUUUGGGUGAUCAUCGAGGGCAACGUCUACGACCUCACCAAAUUCCUGCCCGAUCAUCCGGGUGGAAAGAAAGCAAUCAUGCUCUUCGCGGGUAAAGACGCUACAGAAGAGUUUAACAUGUUACAUCCACCGAAUGUUCUGAAGAAGUACCUCUCACCUGACGCCAAGAUAGGCACCGUUCUAGGCUGA